GGAAAGUCCCUCCGGCCGCCAUGGCGCGGAACGUGCUGUACCCUCUGUACCAGCUGGGCGGCCCCCAACUCCGCGUGUUCCGAACCAACUUCUUCAUUCAGCUGGUGCGGCCAGGCACGGCCCAGCCCGAAGAUACCGUGCAGUUCCGGAUCCCCAUGGAGAUGACCAGGGUAGACCUCAGAAAUUAUCUUGAGCGCAUUUACAAUGUGCCCGUGGCUGCUGUGCGGACACGGGUGCAGCAUGGCUCCAACAGGAAAAGGGAUUAUAGAAACGUCAGGAUAAAGAAGCCAGACUACAAGGUCGCCUAUGUGCAGCUGGCCCAUGGACAGACCUUCACAUUCCCAGAUCUGUUUCCCAAGAAAGAGCAGAGCCCUGAAGGAGACCCUGCUGACGAAGUCCAGAGCGAGUUCAUGAAAAGCCAGCAGCAGAAGCAGAGCAGCGACCCCCGGCGUGGCGGUGUCCCUGACUGGUUUGGCCUGUGAGGGGGCUGCCGGUGGAGACAUGGUCUCAAGGUGGGCACAGCUGCAGAGCAGGUCUGACGGCCAAAAUAAAAGUCCUGCAUGGAGAAAGAAUCA